AGCGUCCAAUCGCAGCAAAGUAAUUUUGCCCUAGCCAAUCAGCAUUGUGUAAUUUUGCCCUGUUUAUUACAAAGUAAUGUUUGUUUCACCAGAGCGAAGCCAUAUAACACUUCCAUAGGCGCCUCGACGGAUACUAAGCUUAACAGUCCUCGCGAAGAGCCCGCAUUGGACGAAUCUGCGGAAGGUGAUCUAUAUAUAGCGAAGAUACAUAUUUAAAGGGAGAUACGCCAGGGCGAAGACAGAUAAACACUUCCACAACGCCUUGAAGGAUAUUAUACUCCAGCCUAAGAUGCCAAAGACUGUUCUUGUCACGUUCUAUUCUAACAAACGGAUAAUAGAGUUUUACCCCAAUGGAGAACUGACCGUGGCAGCACUUCGAGAGAAGUUUUUCAAAACAUUCGAAGACGUUAUACCCGAAGGUAUCACCCCUGAUAAAAUCUUGUUUCAACGCUUCAGCAAGAAACACGGCGACUGGAUUAAUCUCACCGAUGAAGAUCGUGUAAAAAACAAAGACAAAAUCAGAGCCGAGCUUAAACAAUCACAGAUAAGCCCGCCUCAUCCUAUCAAACCUACUAAAGCAUACCGUCUGUGGAACCCGAGCAGUCGAGCUAAUGAGAGUCUUCUGAAACUGACAACAAACCCUUGUACUUUGAAAUGCGACGGCCACUACUCAGAUCCGCCCGCAGGUUUAAAGAUACAAUUCAUGGAUGAAAGUACUCCUUCAACAAAAUUAUACCGACUUCAGUUUGAAGGCAGCAACGACACAAAUAAAUGGCUGAUAACUGGAGUAGGAGAACACAAGGAUGUCAUUGUUCAGCCUUUUGAUACCAGCACGGGAACGGUCCAAGAAAAUCAGAAGUUCGAGCCGUUUUAUUUCUAUGGAAGCACGCGAUUCAGAUGUUUUAACGUCGGCGGAAGAAAUGAUCUGUUCCUUUCUGUUGAAAGCGAUGGAAAAGUGACGCUUGCUCAAGGAGGCCCAAUUGAAUACCCAGUGGCUAGCUCUCUCUUUGGUACUAACGAGCAACCGUAGUAGUUGUGCUGAGAGGCCCCGUAAAAAGAAAAACAAACUCUUUGAGGUAUUUGUUAGAAAACAUUCGUAAGGUUAAAAUGUUCACCCUCUUAAAUAUUGACUAUAAAUUCCCUUUUUCUAAAUGAGCAAUGGUGAAUUCCUUUGAAGAGAAGGCCGUAGAAUGAAAAUAAAAAUUAUAGAAAGCCCAGAAUAAAGCUGAUAUUUUUGUUUGUUAUCAUCGUAGAAAUAAAACUAUGACAAAA